GUCCCCAAGGAAGAUAAGAUAAGGUUCAUAUGAAUGUGUGAAUGAAAUUAAAAGUUCAAAAAGUAAAGAUUGACACUUUCCUUAGCCUAGCAAAAAUUGGAUGACAAACAAUAAUGGCUACUACUUCUCCAUCCAUUAUUUCUCUCAACUUACUUGUAAUCAACUCAAAAUCACGUCUUUUACCUCCUAAACAAUUAUCAAAUUCACAAAUUUCACUUCCUAAUCUACUUAUAUCACCCAAAAUCAUCCGAAAAAAUCGUAGAAUUUACGCUAUUUCAAGUAGUAAUAAUUUCUCCUUAGCAGAAGCGAAUCUAAAUGAAACAGCCGAUCAGCUGGUCGUUACAUCCACGGGUGAUGACGGAGUUUCUACUGUUAUUUCAUCGCUCUUAUUCAUCGCUUUCAUCGGAUUAUCCAUUCUUACGAUAGGAGUAAUAUACAUUGCCAUUACGGAUUUUUUGCAAAAGAGGGAGAAGGAGCAAUUCGAGAAAGAAGAAGCAGGAAAGAAGAAGAAGAGUGGGAGGAAAGGGAAGAUUGGUACAAGAGCUAAAGCGGGGCCGAGAGGGUUCGGACAAAAGGUUGAGGAAAAUGAUCAGGACGAUGAUUAGGGAUGACAAUGGAGCGGCUGGGCUAGAAGUUACCAUGCAUGCAUGAACUUUAACUAGAUUGGUUAAAGCAAGUUUUCUUUGUUGUGAUGAGUAGUUUGUCUUCGUUAGUUUAUAAUUUGUAUCAUUUUUACCCAUUUAGUCUAUUGAGUACUUCUAUAUUCCGAUUUACGUGGCACAAGUUUUUUAUAAUAGAAAUAUUUUGAGUUUAAAA